GCUCACGCGCACACUCGCGCUCGCGCAAACAUGGCGGCCUCUGUUUCACCGCUCCGCUCCUACUGGACGCUUUGUAGCAGGUUGGCGGACCCCCACCGGUCAUGCCGGGCCAAGCCGCGGACGCACAGGAAAUGCGACAGUCAACGGAGACACCUGCACCAGUCGGCGACGAGGCACGCAGCCGUGGUGAUUUCGGGUGCGGCGUUGGCUCGUCAGCUCCACAGGGAGAUCCAACGUGACGUGGAAGAGCUCGUCGCUCAGGGCAACAUGAGACCUCACCUGGGAGUGGUCUUCGUGGGGGACGACCCGGCCAGCAGGACCUACGUUCGGAACAAAACGCGCGCCGCCAGCACUUUGGGUAUUUCCAGUGACACCGUGUUACGCCCGAGCUCCGUCUCUCAGGAGGAGUUGCUGGAUCUAAUAGACAAGAUGAACCGAGACUGGCGGGUCAGCGGACUGUUGGUGCAGCUGCCGCUUCCUGAGCACAUCAAUGAAAGAGCUGUCUGUAAUGCCAUCGCUCCAGAAAAGGACGUGGACGGCUUCCAUAUUGUGAAUAUUGGCAAGCUGUGUCUUGACCAGCGAUCCAUGGUGCCUGCCACGCCUGCAGCUGUCUGGGAGAUCAUUAAAAGAUCAGGUAUUGAAACGGUGGGAAAGAAUGUCCUGGUUGCCGGACGCUCCAAAAACGUCGGUAUGCCCAUCGCCAUGUUGCUGCACACCGAUCGGAGCCACGAGCGCCCUGGCGGCGACGCCACGGUGACCAUCGCUCACAGAUGUACGCCGAGGGAGCGGCUGAAGCAGCUAACCAGCCUGGCCGACAUCAUCAUUGCUGCUGCAGGUGUUCCCGGUCUGAUCACAGCAGAUAUGGUGAAAGAGAGUGCGGCGGUCAUUGACGUGGGCAUCAACCGCAUCGUGGACCCCGAAACGGGGAAACUGAGGCUCAUCGGCGAUGUGGACUUUGAGGGUGUGAAACAGAAGGCCAGCUUCAUCACUCCCGUUCCUGGAGGUGUGGGCCCCAUGACGGUGGCCAUGCUGAUGAAGAACACUGUGACGGCCGCCAGAAACGCGCUGACGCAUUAACACGACGCACCUCGUGACACACACACACGUACACUUUUCAGCAGACCUUUUCACCAUGAUGUCGCAUGUACUUCCGGGUGGCAGAAACUCAAGCGAUCUCGAAGAAAACCUUACUUUGUUGACAAUGGUAGAAGGAUUGAGAAAGCAGAGGAGAGGGCGUGAGUAAUGAUUUCACCAUUGAAGGAAUGUUUGCGAUGUCAGGAGAAAAGAAAAUGCGUAUGUGACGCAAAGUCGUAGUUGAUUCAAAUGAUCGGAAUAAUGUCACAGGCGUGCUCUUUUGAAAACAUGACCAAACAUUUUUUACGAACCUGUGAGAAAAUGCCUUCCACAAACCCAAUAAUAGUUUGGUUCCCAGUCUCUUCCUUGAGAAAUAACCUUUGUGCCAUAUUAUGAUUUUUUUUUUUUUUUUCCCCCUGUACAACUAUUUACAACAUCCACUUGAUUUAUUACUCUUCUCACCCACGAGAUUAAAAACACUGCAAAAUAAAUGUAAAUUUGACAAACCACACAUAAGAGGUUCACAUAUGGAAGUAAAUUAGUGCCACAGAAAACAGGAUUUGAAUUUGAAAAGUAAAGUGAUCACAUUUUCAAUAGUUGUCUUUCAGUGUAACUUUUCAAUGUUAACAAUUCAACUGGCUUCAAUUGACUGUCUGAAAUUCACUGUCUGUGCCACUCGGCAGGGUUACUUCAGGUCACAACCAAACAGCCAGCCAAUCGCGGUUACGCUUUCUUAGUCACUUGACAUCACGGAGUAAGAAAGCGUAACUGGAUUGGCUGGCUGUUUGGUUCUGACCUGAAGUAACCCUCCCUGGUGGCACAGACAGUGAAUUGGAGCAACUAUUGAAAAUGUGAUCACUUAACAUUUCAAAUUCAAACCCUGUUUUCUUUGGCAUUUCAAAUUCAAAUCCUGGUGGCACUAAUUUACUUCCAUAUGCACAACAAUGAUUAGGGAAAAAAAUUGUUGCAAGAAUAUAAAAUGAAUCUUCAAAAUCGUGAAAACAAAGCCCUUUGUUGGCUCUUUUAACCUAUUCAUGGGCGGGGUGGCAAUUUUUUGCCUUAUUGAGAUAAGUCUCCUAACAGGCCACAAUUGAGGAAAUAAAACUUCUUUUUUGUUUUAACACAUAAAACAAAGGGCAAAAAAGAUGUACCCUCUCACGGGCAGCGUCCCAAAAUUGGGACGGACGGUUAUGUUAUCAGUUCUGUGAAGUGGUACAUACUAGAGAUAUGUUUAUUAAUUAAUUCUCAUUCUAGAACGACAUUUACGCAUUAGUAAUACUGACGGAUUAGCAUUUUGAAGAUUAACUUGGUUUCUCUCUUUCUUCUCUUGGAAAGCACUCCAUGUGUGCUUGAGGCAGCCAUGUUGGGUCAGGAAGGAAAGGGAAAUAACUCUGUGCUAACUUUGACCGAUGAGUUAUCCUCUCCUGAUGCCAAAUUAUGGCUUCAGAUUAAAACACUUAAAUAUUUUGAUAUACUGAAGGAUAUGAUGCGUGAAAAUCAUGAUGUGCCAAAAAUGGGACGCUGCCCACGAAUGGGUUUUAAAAUGCCGCGGGCUUGGGCUGCUGAAUGUGCUGAAGCUACGCCCUGCUGAAGUGUCAGCUGUCACUCAAAAACCACAAAUAUGAAUUAUGACUAUACAUGGCACCGCAAAAAGAGAUCUGCGUAAAGCUUCCAGUAGCUGAAAUAUAUCCCACUUGGUCGUCAUGGCAACGUGGUGUACUAAAGCGGCCUUGCCAGUACAAAGCCUUUCUUCGUUUUCCCGCAUUUCACUGCAAGACGUGCCUGCACUUAUGGCUGACGAUGAGGCGCUCUAAAGCUGCCACACUAGUCGAAGGGAACUUGAAUUUUUGGGGUGUAACCACAGCUAGCUAGCUAGAUGAGUGCUGAUGUGAACGAAGGCGCCCCAACUUCUCAUGCCUGCGUCAAUGCACUUCCCCCCAAAAAUCAUCUUCACAGUUGACCUCUACAUAAUUCUCACUCUCGCUUCAAUGAUCUUCAAACCAAAAAUGUCUUCAUCAUUUAGAAAUAUUAUAUUAUUUAUUUUACAUUUAUUUUAAAAUGCCUAAAAAAAAUGUCUGUAUCCGGCAAUGCCAAUACAAGUUUUUGAAGUCAACGGUCGUCAUAUCAUUUUGUGCCACCCGGAAGUACUCUGGUGCCUAUCGUUUACAAACAUUAUAAAAAGCUGUGGACAAGAAUCGAGACUCCAUACCUGCUUACUUGAGAUGUUUAUACCAUGUUCCUUUUUGUUCCUUUUUUUUUUUUUUUGUAUUUAUUUCUUCUUACAAGAGUUCAUAUUUUUUCUACCGAGGACAUUUUUAGUUACUUGUGGAACAAUCCCAGGUUGCACGGGAAAGCGAAUAUGAAAUAAACGGCUUCGAAGGUAUUUUGGAAAAGGAGUGUCCUUUAUGUUUUCACGUGCCUAACUGCGGUCAUUACGUGGACUCGGCGUUGAAAAGAGCCUGAGGGUGGUUCCGUUAUUGUUACCAUCACUCAGUUUCAGCAGCCCCAGAUGGACCUGUAUGAGCAUGCACCAAGAAUGUGAGAAGAAAGGAAGUGUGACGUGAAUUUUUUCUUUUUUUUUUAUCUGGCGGGGUGGGGGAGUGUAAAGGAAGUUCCCUGGGAUUCGUUAGAACUUUUUGUUUCAUUGAUCAGAGGUUAUCGAGAGAAAAAAAAAUAAUCCCGGCGGUUGGGUGCUUGCUCUAUAUAAAGUCCAGAGAAUGAUAAGCAGCACUGUGUCGAAACUGAUUUUGAGCCAGACGAAAUGUUUGCACAGAGUCUCAAACAGGGUGAGUUGUUCAUUUAUCUUUUUUUCAAAUGUAAAUAUAAAAACUGAAAUAUAGCCGAUUUAUUCCGGUGGCGUUAAGAUGAAAGAUGAUGAUUUUGUUUUUUCUUUUCAGGUGUGCUCUCAGCCUUUCUUCUUCUCCUGGCAGCGUCGGGACACUCGGCAGAAACCACAAAUAUGACUCGGCUUGAAAACGCUCGUCGGACCCGCUACUCCUGAGUUCGCAUAGACCGUGCGGGAGCCGAGACCAGCACUUCUGUUUAAACGGCGGCACG